AUGUCAUGGGCACGGGCGCUGCAAAACUACUUGGUUUCACCGCCGCACAUUCGAUACCGUGAUGGUGCGAGCGUCUUUGAACGUGUGUGUCGUGCGCAUCUUCAUGGUUUUCCCGGGCACACGAUUGAUGUUCGUAGCCUUCCUCUCCUGAGGCGGUUGCGGGGGGAGAUGCUCAAAAGUGGUACACCUGAGCAAAAGGCGCGGACAUUGGAAACCAUUUUGGCCUGUUACUCUAAUGCGAAUUGCUCUUACACGUACGACCCUGUGAGAUCUGAGAAGGAAAAUCACCUGCUAACUCUAGAACAGCUCCAGUGCCUCGUGGAAGCGCAAAUUGCUGGCGUUCCUGUGCGAGCGGCGCACUAUCGGUUUCUUCUUCAAUCACCACAAUUGUCGCAGUUGAGUCCCAAUGUCCCACGCUUAUUGUUUAGAAAGGUGGCGAAUGCCGAGGGUGUGUUGACCGAUGAUGCCCGUGUAGAUGUCAGCGUGGGACUUGCAUCCGGAGGCCAUUGGGAAGAAGCGUUGCAGCUUUGUCCGCGUUUCCGUCUUCUGGAUGUAAUCGAACGGGUGGCUUCGUCGCAGCGCCAUGGAUGGCGCCAUGCCUGCAACUUAGUCUCGCACCUCAAAGAGGAAGCGGUCGUUCAAGAAGAGAGUUAUUUAGUGAGUACUGCUGCGGCACUGGCACUCCGUUUCGCCACCACUCGCGAAAUGGCGAUUGGGAGACGGAUGGAAAAACUUAUUGAGGCCUACUUCCUCCAACAUCGGGAAACCCCGCCCCCUAAGCGCGUCAUCGAUUAUUUUAUUUCCGCCUGUUCGCCUGAACAGUGGCGUUUUGCCACGGGGCUCGUCAUGCGUUACAAUGGCAGAGUCGAAGACGCGGCGCGAAUUCCUCUGGGAAAGGUCAUGGCCCUGAUGAACGGCGCCCUUCAGUGGGAGCGGGCGCUCCUCCUUUAUCAAGCCGUUCCGUCCGCGCUGUCGUCGCAUGAACGUCAACAUGCCGCUGUGCAUAAUCAUGCUCUUGUGGCGCUUGCCAAAGGUAAUUUGUGGCAGCAGGCAAUUCGAUUUUACGCAUCACAGCCGGCAAAGAACCUUCAUACAUACAACGUCUGGCUGCGAAUGGUGGUACUUGAGCGAAGGAUUCCCUUCGCCUCGGUCUGGGAGAGUUGCAUCGAGGCCCUCCAGCACAUUGAAAACCCAGACCACCGCUUCGCCGAAGGUUUGGCACACCUUCUGGCGACCAUUGGGGUGUGGGCUGCGGCCCUGAACGUUGCCAAAACUGCCUCGGAAAAAACACCGCGCGUUCUUAUUACGGCCAUCAGUGCGGCGGCAAUGGCUUCCAAUGAACGGGUGGCCUGGAAGGCGGCAAAGGAACUUAGUUCAUAUCGACGAGGGGUGUCCGCAAAGCAGUUUUGCACAGCAGUGGCGAUAGUUGGUUGUUGUACAAAAAACGUUCCUCAGGACCUCACGGACGCGAUGGCCGACGCUCUCGACAGCUGCACGAUAUCCCAGGAGCAGUUUGAUGAUGCCAUGUGCCACCUGGGGCGGUGCAUGGCGCUUUUGGGCGGCGCGGCCCGAAAUGAUACGAAUGCCGAGGCGCCCUCUGCCAUUCACCUCAUUUUGCGAAGGGAAGGCGCAGAGCGAAAUGCGGAAAGCUGGGUCUUUGCCCUCGCCCUGCUGAAAAAGAUGUCCGAUAGGGGAUGGUCGCUGAAAGCCGUUGCGCCGGCUAUGCUUUCCUCUGGCCUCGGCGCCUCGAUCGCCAUCCGCUUUUUGCCCGGCUAA